AGUCUCUGGGGAGUCUUAAGAGGUUUCUUUCUAAGCUGGGGGCUAUCUAUAUUAAAAUACUUCUGUAGCCAGGCACAGUAGUUACAGAAUGAUAGUUCUGGCUUCUCUGUGUUCUUUCUUGGAUUUAGACAAAAUUCAAUGAACAAAAUACCCACAUUACAAAAUCUACUUUGCCAACAAGAACGAUCUUUGACCAUUUGAAGCCACAGAGCCCAUGGUAUUUAUUCUGUGGAUUUCUUCAGGCCUCCCUCCCUUUUCUUCUUUCUUACUACUGUAGUGAAAAUAGGACGUGUGCGUGUGAGUGUGUGUGUGUGGUGUAUAAGAGAAACAAAGAGUGGAGAGAGAGAGUGUAUGUGUGUGAGAGAGAGUGGACAGUGUAUGUGUGCGUGUGAGUGAGAGAGUGGACAGUGUGUGUAUGUGUGUGUGUUUGUGUAGUGUAUAAAAGAAAGACAGCAUGGAGAGAGAGAGGACUGUGUUGGGGGUGGGGAGGGAGGUUGACUGCCGCGAGGGGGGAGGAAGGGAUCCUGCCUCGCUGUGGCUUCUGCUUUUCUCAGAGAACUUCCGAGGACAACUAUCAUACCAGUUCAAAAUGAACAACAUAUGACUCUUAUUUUCACCUCCCCUUCACACCCUCCAUGGGUUUCCUACGUAUAUUUCAAAUGUCUGAUCCCCUAGCUAUGAGAACUGGUUGUCUUACUCCUGCCUUAAUCACUUCAUUAAGCAGCCAGGUUUUACUUUUCUGAGAGGUGAGCAGCUGAACCUGAGGUCCUGCAUGGGCUCUGCAGAGAGUUCCCGAUCAGUGCUCGGUCAGUGACAGCCAGCCGUCUGGGUUUCAUCAGCUCGCUGGGGCUGCAUUUCACCAGGCCCCUGUGCCAGGGCCUCCCCAGCGUCAACAACAAGCGUCACACCUACUGCAGAAACAGCCCUCAAGUUUCAUCACAGUGAUGCUAAAAAAUAUUCUCCAGCUUCAGCAAUGACCUAGUUCAUUCAAGGGCAGGGGAAAAAUGUUCUUCUUCCAGAACUUCCCCGGGCACAGAAUUUUCCCUCUUAGGAAGGUCGGAGCUUUUCUGGAAACAGACCCAACUCUGCUUUGCCCUGUUCGUGGAAAAGACCCCGAGCCCUGUAACAACUCUGAAUCUCUGUCCCAGGACUGAACCCCCAGUUAAUGCCUCGCACACAGCCCUGGAAGCCCACACCGUGUCCGCCCUCCUAUAACGGCUCUCAGACAAGGUACUGAAAACAUGGCUGUCUCAACAAUUAGAAAGAAUAUAUCUGUAGGAUGACUCCAAGAAGUGGUUUGCAAAGGCUGGUCUACCUUUGUUAAGUAACGUGGAAAACGGAGGUAACUCAGACCCCAGAUACUUUUCCCUGAAAUAUUUGAGUAUUUUAGUCAAAAGUGAUUCCUUUUACUUGGCUUAUCUGAGUGAUGAUUUAAAAUCUCCACUUGCUGUGUAGACAUCAGGAUAUCUUGUCUGACAAUAUAGGUGAUGCAAGUUGCUGAAAAGCUAUCAGACAUUUCGUAAUGGCUGAUGCAAACAUUGAUCGAGUCGUUACACAGAUUUUAAAAAAAAAAUUGAAGGCAAAAAGAAAAAAUAAUCCAUUGAUAAAAUGGCGCCACCGUCAAGUUCUGCUUUCAUGAAAUCUAAACUUUAAAACCACUGAUUAAAGGUGUAAGUUACAGAUAUCUGGCAAUCGUUUAAAAGUAGAUGAAAGAGCAGCAUUUAGAGCUGCUUCUGCUCUAAUUAUUUCCUUUCUAUACCCUUUACCUCAAGUAAAGCUAGCUUUCAUUUUUGGAGAUGAAUUAGCCAGGAAUGACAAUUCAGUCUUACUGCUCCAAACAUGUGUGAGACAUUUUAUAACAGCAGACCAGCUAAGGUAAAUUGAACAAACAUUUAGGCUGUGAUGUUUCUGAAUUGAAACUCAGGAUGUUGUGAGCAAACUUCCGAACUGACAUAUUGACACAUCCUAUAUUAAAAGGCCCUGGAGGCUAAUAAAUAUGUUCAGAUACUUGAAAUCAAGAUUUAAAACAAACUAAAUGUAUUGGAGCUCCCAAAUUCCAUUGCUCUUUUGAGUUUUUAUAAAACAUUCGCUCACAAUUUGGAGAAGAUUUUUAGGUAGGAUAGAAUUCCUCUUUUUUAUCACCUGAAGCAUUUUUGUUUUUUUUUCUCCUCCCAACUUAAUCAGUUUUUAAUAGUGCUGUGCAUGCUUACAUGUUGAUAUCAGCCUAUGUAAGGAGGAUGCAGGAGCCCUGGGGAUGCAGUGGUUAAAGCGCUCAGCUGCUAAACAAAAAGGUUAGCAGUUUGAACCCACCCGCCUCUCUGUGGGAGAAAGAUAAACACAGUCUGCUUCCAUAAAGAUUUACAGCCUUGGAACCCUAUGGGGCAGUUCUACUCUGUCUUAUAGGAUUGAUAUGAAUCGGAAUAGACUCCACCGAGGUGGGUUUGGUUUUGGUUUUUAAGGAGGGUGCGGAAUCCCUGGGUGGUGCACACAGUUAACAAGCUUGGCUGCUAAUGGAAGGGUUGGAGGUUUGAGUCCACCCAGCAGCACCGUAGAAGAAAGGCUUGGUGCUCUAAUUCUGAGAAAUCAGCCAUCGAAAACUCUAUGUAGCAGAGUUCUGCUCUGAUACACAUGAGGUUGCCAUGAGUUGCAAUCUGCUUGACAUCAGCUGGUUAAGGAGGGUGCUGGUGAAUUUCCUAAUCUGGGCGGAUGUGACAGGAAAUAGGAUGGUGUGCAGAAAAAGACACAGGCUUUUAAUUCUGAUCCGGAAUCAACUCCUGACACGCUUUUCAACCUGUUUGAACCCUGGUUUUAUCUGUAAAAUGAAGAUAAAAGUAUCCACUUUGACAGGCUUGAUGAAGGAAUUAGAAGAGUAAAUAUACCAAAAGUAUUCAUCACAUAGUAAUUUCUCAGCAAAAGUUAGUUUGUCCCCUUGGCUAAUUAAAAACCUGCUCUCUCCUUUUUUCGCUAACGCUUCAGAAUGCUUUCAUAAUACAAACUGUACGAAGUAAUAAAAACUAUCCAUUAUUGACAUCAGUGCAGUGAUUAAACAAAAACAGCACAGAAAGUUAGUUUUUUUUUUUUUCUGUUGUGUCUUAGAUAAAAGUUUACAGAGCAAAUGAGUUUCUCAUUAAACAAUUAACACAGAAAUUAUUUUGUGACAUUGGUUGCCAACUCCACGAUGUGUCAACACUCUCUCACCUUCUUCACCCCGGGUUCCCAGUUUUCCUGCUUUCUCAUCUUUGCUUUUGGACUGGUAUGCCCAUGUAGUCUUCUAUACAUAAUUGAACUAUGAAGCAUGUUCCUCACAUGCGUUGUUGUUUGCCUUAUAGACCUGUCUCAUCUUUGGCUAAAGGGUGAACCUCAGGAGGGACUUCGGUACUGAGUUAAAAGGGUGUCCAGAAGCCAUACUCUUGGGGUUUUUCCAGCCUCUGCCAGACUAGCAAGUCUGACAGAAAGUUAGAUUUUUUGAGGAAAAUUCUGUACUUAGAAAACAGUGUGUUUGAGAAUAAAACUUUAAAAAAAAGUAUUAUAUAGUGAAACGUGCAAAAGCCAGAACCUGUGUAAGGCGGAAACGUGUCAGAGAAGGAAAGCUCAAAUACUUUCCACAAAACAACUGGUAGAAAAGUGGAAAGACUGCACUCUGUCAAAAGUGGAAAACCUCCAAGACCCAGAAAAAUAAGGCAAUCCUGUUGAGUUCUGGCUUUCACAGGUUUCACUAUAUUUUAGAAUGUAUCCACGAUAAAUAAGGAAAAUAUUUUUGCCUAAAAAUAGUUGAUGGUGUGCUUGUUAUAUAAAAAGAGCCAUAAGAGGUUUAUCAAACUCAUCUGAGAAUGCUUUUUAAAAAAAUUGUGGUAAAUACAUACGGAACAAAACAUUUGACAUUUCGACAGUCGUUACAUAUACAUUGUACAUGUACAGUGUACUUUGUGUUCAUCAUGUUGUCUAACCAUCACACUUAUCUGUUCCCAAAUUAUACCAUUGCCCUUAACAGAAGUUCAGUAUGCUCUAAGCAUUGAGUCCUCCUUUCCUCCUCCCUACUGCCUGCCCCUGAUAACCACUAAUAGACCUUGGUCUGUAGUCACAAAAGGACAAAUAUUGUAUGAUCCCACUUACAUGAAAUAUCUAGAAUAGGCAAGGGUAUAGAAUAUGUAUUUGAAUACAUAUCAAUACCAUAUUUAAAUGAAUUUUCAUGAAUCCAUAGGAAUGGAAGGUAAGGGUAUAGCUAUACCUACAAGAUAAUGUCUGCGAUUAUUACGAAAACUAAGGCACAGGCCUAGGUUUUCUUCAAAGAUUAUAGUUGAGCUUUGCAUUGAUUCUCUUUUGGCUUAAAUACAGACAUUGUAGAGUGAAGGGGUAGGAAUGGCAGCAAGAACUCUGAAAUCAACUAGCUAUUGGUGGCGCUGAGCAGACUUAGGAGCUGGGCAUGCCAUCUCAGGAGUGGUGUCAUUCCUAAUCCAGGAGUCACACUGUGGGCUGGAAUGGGAGGCCAGUGAUGGAGGGUCACAAUUAACAGAGUGCUCCCUUGUUCUGAGUGAAGGCAAGUUAGGCACCGGAGGGGGCAAAUGAGAAUCACCAGCAGGGCUCAUGGGACACCUCCAAAGAAUCUUACCAGACACCUUUCUUAUUGUCUCUCGUUGUCUGUACUGAGAUAUUCCACAGCUUUGCCCAGGCACAUCAAAGUAGCUUGACAAAUUCUUUGAGUUACUGGUAGUUUCACAUUCUAGAAGCAACCUGGAGCCCUGUUAUGUUGGCCUUAAUUCUGCCAAAAGGAAAAUGCAGAAAUGUAAAGAAACCUGGGAGAAAGUGACUGAGCCAUCUUCCGGUUGGCAAAAGUGAAGGAAUAGACAACCACCCUACCUGAAAGAAAGAACAUUUUAAAACGCUUAGUGCUGUCCUUGGGGUUUCUGCAGAUUCACACCCACAUGGCAGGGCCUGAAUGGAGAAACUGCCUGGGAGGCUGUGGACACCAGGUUGACAAGACUUUCCGUUCUGGAUUUACGACAUUAUACCACUUCAGGGCUGACCCUUCCAUGCUGCUACCGCAUAUCUGCCACCUCACAGCUCACACGCACUACUAAUCCCUUGAUCUUCACCCUACUCUUAGGUGACCAGGCCAUUUUCUCUUCCAUCACUAGUUUAAGACCUUCCUCUCAUCCAGAGUUUCAGAUUCUGAAGGUCCCAAGAAUGUGCAUUUCUUGCAAGUUCUCAAGUGAUGCUGAUGGUGCUGGUUGGGGAUCCCACUCUGAGAACCACUGCUCUAGCCAUUUAUUCUGCCUGCAGUUCCUGAAGGAAACUAUUUGUUCUUUUCAAUCACUAAACAUGCCUACUCAGAGAUCGAAGGCCCAGCCACAAGCUGAGAGUGGAGUGGUGAAUACCAAAGAUAAGCCAGACCAUAUCCUGCAGGCGAACAGCUUACAGUCUACAUUUGUGUAGAAGAUACACAGAGAGUGGGGAGGGUACACUGAGGUGAGCCGUCCAUCACUUAGGAGGGGCUGUCUUUUUCCAGCUGAGGAUAUCAGAGGAGGUUUCAAGGAUAAGCUAGCAUUUGAGCUGGGAUUUGAAAUCGGAGGUGUUUGAACAUACAGAAAUGGAAGGUGGCCCUUCGGUGUAGAGGAAACAAAUGAACAAAACAAAAACAUGGAGAACAGAAAGAAAUAGGGUAUUUAUGGAAAUCAGAAAUGAGUUUGGUUGCCAAACAAGAGUUUAGCCUAACUAGUAAAGAUUGUUGAGCAUUGUGCUCUUUUUUUAAAAGAGCUGUCUCUAUGGAAUAAAAUUGACAGCAACAACUGGAGAGGUUAAAGAAGAAACUUAGGGGGCAGUGAGUUCAUAUUAAUGGUGGAGGAAUAACUUGGAAAAGGAAGGUGAGAAUGAUUGCACAACUGAAGAAUGGAAUCAAUGUCACUGAGCUGUACAUGUGGACAUUGUUGAAUUGGCGUAUGUUUUGCUUUGUACAUUUUCGACGACAGUAUCAAACACAAUAAAAUAAAUCAUUAAGAAACAAAGAAAUGGGUUUCAUUGGGCUAGGCUUUCCACCGUUCUGCCUUGCUCUUUCUUGCGGAAGCAUUCUUUGAUUAAGCCGUCUGAUCGUUAAGGCUUUUAUAUCUGUCUGUAACUGCGUAAAGGCAUGAAUGACAUAGGAAUCUGGAAUGGAGAGUCAGUAGUGGGAAUUUCAGGGGUCAUUGGCUGGGGAAGAGAGGAUGUGAGCGCUGUUGGGGUGCUUUCCAGAAGUAUCAAAAAAUGCAACCCCAACUACCUUAAAUGAUAACGGGGAUUUACAAGCAGUCUAGUCUGGCCCCUGACUCUAUUUCUCGCGUUUCUUGAACUCUGCUCUUCUCUGUUUUGGUUUCACCCUCAGACAAGCUUUCACACAGUUUCAAGAUGGCUACCAGCCUCUCCUAGGGCCGCUUGCUUUCUUUUUCACGUUCAGGAGAGAGUAAAAGACCUAUCUUUGCGCUGAACGCCUUUUGGGAAUGCGAUGUGCUGAUUGGCUUAGAUCUUGGUUAGUGAACCAGUCACUGAGCUCAGAGUACGGGUCAGUUUAGACCAAUCAGAGCCCACGAAGGAGUACAGGUUGUGGUCAACCAAAGCCGAGUCUCAGGCUGCUGCUGCAAGAUGAGUGAGGGGUCGGGUGGAGUUGCGGAGGAGGGCCAAGCGUAACGAUCAUUGUAGGAGAUUUUAGAUAUUUUGGAGAAAGGCUUUUAAAGUCAUACCGUCUCUUCCCUUAGUCAUAAGGUUAGCCAUAGGAAGCGUUCAUACUUUAAAUAUUUAGUAUGAGCCUGCUUUAAAGUUAAACCCAUAUCAGUUAGAAUAUUCUCUCAGAGAAUAGUCCUGCUUCUGAAUGGCAUAAACCCUUGAACACAGUAUAAUCCCUCAAGGCUCUUUUCAUUAAAUGGGGUGUUCCUUGUCCCUAAAGUACACUUUAUUUACGAAAAAAGAUUUAAAAAUUCUUCAGAAAAUAAGGCAAAUUGAGGCCAUAUACAAGAAAUUUUCUGCUAGGCUGACUGGGUUGAAGGAUGAAGGAAAAAGUGGAGCAGAGGUACGACUGACACUCUCUCCUGGACCUCUUCCCAGGUCCCCACAACUGACUUUCACAAUAAAUCCAGGCUCAAUUAAUGACACCCAGAGUCGGUUUUAUUCUUGGUGAUUAUAGGGCAGGGAAUGAGACAGAAGAGAACCUAAGAUUUUCCAGGUCCUCCCCUACACUGGAAACCCUGGUGGUGUAGCGGUUAAGAGCUAUGGCUGCUAACCAAAAGGCUGGCAGUUUUUGAAUCCACCAGGUGUUCCUUGGAAACCACAUGGGACAGUUUGACUCUGUCAUACAAGGUCACUAUGAGUCGGAAUCAACUCGACAGGUUUGGGUUUUUUCGCCCCCGCCCCUCCAUACUGGUUGAUGGCUGAAACUCCACAGGGUUUCACCUCUUAGACUCAUAUUUUAAAAACAUUCUCCAAAGGGGGAUAAUGGGGGCAGUAGUGGUUCAGUGGCAGAAUUCUUGCCCUCCUUAUGGGAGCCCCAGGUUUGAUUCACCCCUCCAAUGCGCAGUGGAGGUUUGUGUGUUGCUAUGAUGCUGAACAAGUUUCAUUGGAGCUUCUAGACUAAGAGGACUAGGAAGAAAGGUCUGACGACCUAUUCCAGAAAAUCAGUCAAUAAAAACCCUAUUUCUGAAAAUCAGUUAAUAAAAACCCUAUAGAUAGCAACGGUCCAAUCUGCAACCAAUGAUGCCAAUGGAGCAGGAUUGGGCAGCACGUCAUUCUGUUGAAGGACAAGAGCAGGAGGAGCCAGAGGGAGAUUUUCUUUGCCACACAAAGUUCUUAGCCAGACCCUGAUGAAACAUUUUUAGACUGGACACGACAGUCAGCCUAUGAAAUUCAAGUUCAAACCAAAGUGAUUUUAAUGAGCUCAUGGAAGUUCGUUUCAUUGCACUAUCGUCAACUCUGUAUACAUUUACAGCAUCAUAAAUGUUCUUCUCUUCUUUGUCCUUACCCUGAGAGAGGACAAGGAUAAGAUAGGCAGGGGAAAGCACCUUUCAACAGAAAAACUGGAAAAUCAGAAUCAAGAAACCUGGGCUUUGCCACUAACAAGAUGUGCCACCUUGGAAAAGUUACUUAGCCUCUCUGUUUUUCAGGUGGUUUCUCGAAUAUAAAGUCAGGGAGGAAACUAAACUCUCUGUCAGGUUUCAAGAAGACUUGAGCUGUUUUUUUAGUCCUCCAUUAAAGAAUUGGAAACCGCCACAUAUUUUAAAUGUCAGAGGAGAGGAGGAUACCAAUGGGAGGAAGACUGUAUUACAUCUGAAAAAAAAAAAUCAAAACAAAUCCAGAACAGCAGCAAGUAAGCUCAGCAUUCCCCAUAUUAUGUGCUGGGUGCGCGCUGUCUGGCACAUAGAGCUGCUCGCUGCUAAUAUUUAAAAAUAAAAUUUUAUUUGUUUAUUAGGUUGUUGUUGUUAUUAGUUGCCAUCAAGUCGGCUUCGACUUAUGGUGGCCUUUUGUGUAACAGAACAAAACGCUGCCCAGUCCUGCACCAUCUUCAUGAUUGUUUAUUAGGUAUCAUGUAUAAAUCCAAAAUACUCAGAGGAUAUGCAGAGACAGUCACGGUCCUCGACUGGUAUCCCAUCCUUAGCCCAGACACUUAGGUCUCCUCUCUGGGGGCAACCAGGUUACCGGGUUCUUGUGUAUUUUCAGAGCAUUCUAUGUAUAAAUAAGUGUACGGGAAGCAUACUUCUUUUUGUGUGUGUUGUAAAAGUGAUACCAUACUCUGAACCCUCUUUUAUGCCUUGCUUAUUUCACUUAACGAUAUAUCUUGGAGAUUAUUCCAUAUCAGUGCAUACAUAGCUGCCUGAUUCUUUCCCAUGACCAGUGCUGUUAAAAAAAAAAAAAAAUCUAUUGUAUGGAUAUACUGUAACCAUCUUCCUAUUGUGGACAUUUAGGUUGUUCCAACCUUUUGGAGCCCCGGUGGCACAGUAGAUAAGAGCUCGGCUGCUAAUCAAAAAGGUCAACAGUUCAAUUUCACCAGCCACUCCUUGGAAACCCUAUGAGUCAGAAUCGACUCGAUGGCAAUGGGUUUCCAAACUUUUGCUAUCAUAAUCAGUGCUUCAAUGAAUACAGUUGGUGCUUGUCUUAAUUAUCUAGUGCUGCUAUAGCAAAAAUACUGUAAAUGGAUGGCCUUAACAAACAGAAAUUUAUUCUCACAGUUUAGGAGGCUAGAAGUCCAAAUUCAGAGUGCCAGAUCUAGGGGAAGGCUUUCUGUCUCUGUUGGCUCUGGAGGAAGGUCCUUGUCUCUUCAGCUUCUGCUUCCUGCUUCCUUGGAGAUCUCCAAAAGUUUUGUUUUCUGCCUUAUCCCAUCUCCCCUCUGCUAGCUUGUUUAAUCUCUUUUAUAUCUCAAAAGAGAUUGACUCAAGGUACCUCCCAUUAACGUAACAAAGAAAAUCCAUUCCCAAAUGGGAUUAUAACCUCAGGCAUAGAGGUUAGGAUUUACAGCACGUAUUUUGGGGGGACAUAAUUCAAUCCAUGACAGUGAUCAUUAAGUAUUUAUCUCCUUCUUGCUCCUAUUUUUUUUUUAAAUUAAGUUGAUUGAGGCAUAUUUUGCAUAUCAUAUAUUUCACCUUUUCCAAGUGUUUAAUUCAGUGAUUUUUUUUGAAGUAAAUUUUCUAAGUUGUGCAACCAUCACCACAGAUCAGUUUUAGAACAUUUUCAUCACGCUCAUGCACAUUUAUGGUUAUUACAUGUCCCUCCCCCAUGCUCCUUGGCCUGGCAACAACUAGUCUACUUUCAGUUUCUAUAGCUUUGCCUCUUUUGCGUAUUUCAUACAAAUAAAGUCAUAAAAUAUGUGGUCUCUUGUGUUUAGCUUCUUUUACGGAAGAUAUUUUUGAGUUUCAUCCAUAUCGUCCCAUGUAUCUGUAGUUUGUUUUUUUUUAUUGCUCGGUAGUAUUCCAUUGAAUGGCUAUACCACAUUUUGUUUGCCAUUCAACAGUGGAUGGAUAUUUAGGUUGUUUCCAAUUUAUGGCUAUUAUGAAUAAUGCUACUGGGAACGUUGGUGUAUAAUUCUUUGUGUUGAUAUAUGUUUUCAUUCUCUUGGGUAGAACCUAGGGGUGAACUGCUGGGUCACAUAGUAGAAUUUAAGUUUAACUUCUUAAGAAACUGCCAAACUCUUUUCUAGAAUGUCUGUACCAUUUUACACUCCCAGCAACAACGAUUCUUGGCAUCUUUCCACAUUCUCACCAAUAUUUGGCUGUCUUUUUUACUGGAGCCAUUCUAGUGGGUGUGAAAUGCUAUCUCACUGUGGUUUUAAUUUGCAUUUCCCUCAUGACUAAUGACACUGAGCAUCUUUUCAUGUGCUUAUUUUCUUACCUCUGUGUUGCACAUGCAACCCUAACCAUACUCAAGGAAGAGCACAUUGUUCGGUCUCGACAAACCGGAACUCAUUUCCCAGCUCUGCCCUUUGCAGGCCAUGGGGAAUUAGUCUUGUUAUAUUAACCCUCUGAAGUUACUUAAGCUUCCAAGUCAUUAAGAACAGCAACACGGUAGCUUUGCUGUGAGGACCAAAUGUGAGAGGUAUAUGAAGUGCCCAGAUAGUGCCCACAUAGUAGGCACUCAUUACCUGUUAGUUGACACCCAGCAUGCCCUCCUUCCCCAUUUCCAGAACCCAUCUUGGGGGAGGGUUGCUUUCCCCUCACUAACAUGGGGUUGGGGAUUAAGUGAUAGUGGGUGUGGUGUCCAAAUCCACAGCAACUCAGAUGAUAAAUUCCAGAACGCACUUGACGUUGAAUUAGACUGGCUAAUCAGAACUAAUCCCUCCUAUCCCCAGUGAUGAAGCACUCUGCUGGCUUUCCUGGCAGCUCCAGAAGAGCGGACACCCAUUAUCUGCAUGUGGGCCACCAGUGCUCCCUAGACCCUUCAAACUGAUGGCAGGCUUCCUGCUGACAGCAGUCAGCCACAGGGUAUCUGUGGGACAAAAAAAAACGGAUUAGCCAAAAUAAAACUUGGCAUCAUUAGAGGGCUUUCAGGGUUCAAAGAAUUCUUCUAUAGCCUCUUACUUGUUCUGCACUGACUUAAGAGAAAGAUAUUAUUUUUGUAAUUUUGCUGAAGUUAAACCCAAAGCCACUAAUAGCAGCUAACACUUAUGUAAGGCUUUCUAUACUACUGAGAAUUGCUUUAUACAUACUGACUCACUUAAUUUCCUAACAACCAAGUGAAGUAGGAACUACUAUUAUCGUAGUUUUACAGAUGAGGAAACUGAGGCAGAGAAUGAUAAGCUAGUAAGUGGCAGAGCUAAGAUUCAAACCCGGGCAGCAUGGUGCAGGAAUUCAUGCCCUUCUUCACCACACCAUUCUGAGACUCUGUUAAAGGCCCUGCCCAUUUUUUAGUAUCUAGUAAAAUGUAAUUUGUGAAUACUCUUCCAUCCAGCAAAUCCAUUUUUUGGCAUCUAGUCUAGAGAACCACUAUGUACUCAAGAAGGCACAUACCAAGAAGUCCUUUGAAACACAUUUGUAAAUCUAAAAAACUCCACCCAACCUAUACAUCAUCAAUAUAAGAACAGAUAAAUUAACUGUGGUACUGCCAUACUAUGUCCCUGGGUGGCACAAAUGAUUAAGCACUUGGCUACUAACUGAAAGAUUGGUGAUUUGAAUAUACCCACAGGCACCUAGGAAGAAAGGCCUGGUGAUCUACUUCCAAAAGAUCACAGCUAUUGAAAACCCUGUGGAGAACAGUUCUACUCUGACACACACGCGAGGUUGCCAUGAGUCAGAAUCAACUUGACAACAACUGGUUUGGCCACACUAUGGAAUACUAAUAUGUAACAGUUUUUAAAAAAUGGAUUGGAUUGAUUGUGUAAGAUUGCUAAAACUGAUUAUUAAGUAGGAAACCCUGGUGGCGUAGUGGUUAAGUUCUAUGGCUGCUAACCAAGAGGUCGGCAGUUCGAAUCCACCAGGUGCUCCUUGGAAACCGUAUGGGGCAGUUCUACUGUCCUAUAGGGUUGCGAUGAGUCGGAAUCAACUCGACGGCAACAGGUUUAUUAAGUAAAAGAAACCAAUCUCAUAACAAGUAUAUAUAAUUUAUACCAUACAUACAACAAAAUUACAUGUAUUUUAGAGGUCUAUAUAUGUAAAUGAAUAGGAGAAUGUCUGGAAAGAUACCAAAUCCUUCCUCUGGGGAAAGUACUGAGAUUGAGGGAUGGUACUUCCAAGAGACCUUGCCCCUUCUGUGGAUUCUUAAGGAUGUGCAUGUAUCCAUUUAGAAUGUGUAUCAUUAAAAGCAAAUACAAAAUUGAAAAACAAAGAAACUUGUCCUAGAUCACACAGCUAAACAGAAGGCAAAUCUGCAUUCUUUCUAGUUAACACAUUGUCUCUCCAAGGGUGUCUGAGAAGCCCUCCAUUUGCAUGGUGCCCUCACUAAUACCAAUAAUUCAAUAUUGAUUAGUCAUCUCUAGUAAAGAAGAAUAAACCUGUCGUCAAAGGUUCUCACCUUUAGAGGAAGCCAUGAAACAUGAACCACGUCCUGACCGAACUGUCCUUUCCCUUUCCUGAGUAUAGUCAGUACCCCGUGGCUGUGAAAUGUGGUAAACGAACUACAUGAGUCAAAUACUGCACCUUUCUCAGUAUUUUAACAUGUGAGACAGCACUGUCAGGAAGCAGUCACCUGGGGAGGAGUCACAGAUGACACAUAAGGCCCUUAACAUUUAGCCCAAUUCUUGGAAGCUUCAUUUGUUUUUUCUUCCUCCUCCAUCAACAGCAGCGGACGCCAAGAACGGGCAUGGGAGGAGCCAUGCCUUGUAAAUUACUGUUACAGGUGAAUAUUAUACCAGAAUUAAAAAAAAAUUUUUUUUAAUUUUUUCGUUGUUGAGAAUAUACACAACAAAACAUACACCAAUUCAACAGUUUCUACAUGUACAAUUCAGUGACAUUGAUUACAUUCUUCGAGUUGUGCAACCAUUCUCACCCUCCUUUUUUGACUUGUUCCUCCACCAUUAACAUAACUCACAGCCCCUUAAGGUUCCUAUCUAAUCUUUGGAGUUCCUGUUGUCAUUUUAAUUCCGUAUAGAUUUUAAAACAGCAUAAUGCUCAAGGCAGACAUUUUUUUUUACUUACUAAGUUAUUGUUUGGUUUUAAGAAGAUAUCAUGGGAUAUUUUUGGUUCAAUGUUUAAAGAUUAUCUCAGGGCAAUAGCUUCAGGGGUUCAUCUACCCCCCAUGGUUCCUGGAUAUAUGGAGUCCAUGAAAAUUGCAAAGUCUAUUCAGCAUUUUUCCCCUUUUGAUCAGGAUUCUUCUAUGGAGUCUUUGAUCAAAAUGUUCAGUAAUGGUAGCUGGGCACCAUCCAGUUCUUUUGGUCUCAUAGCAAAGGAGGCAGUUGUUCAUGGGGGCAAUUAGCCACACAUUUCAUAUCCUCUGCCUAUUCCUGAUUCUUCUUCUUUCUCUGUUGUUCCAGGCUAAUAGAGACCAAUUCUUGUGCCUUGAAUGGCUGCUUCAAGCUUUUAAGACCUAUACCAGGAGAACUUCUUAGACAUAAACUGGAACAUCACUUAAAAAAAAUCAUUGUGGUAACCCACAGCAGAAAAGGAAAUUGUCUGCUAAACCAGAUUCACGUGGGCAUGAAAGGAUGACAGACGUAGGAGUGCCCCCAAGGCGCACACUUUGUUUCUUAUCUACAUUGUUUUCUCAGAAGGUUCCAGAGAAGUCAGACAUCAAGCUUCGCUGCAUCAUAUCUGGUCAGCCCAAGCCAGACGUAACUUGGUAUAAGAAUGGUCAAGCCAUUGGUGAGUGCGGCAUUGCUUCCAGUUAUGAGUUCUUUGAGAAUCAGUAUGUUCAUGUGUUACAUCUCUACUGCUGUACCAAAAAUGAUGCUGCCAUUUACCAAAUCUCUGCUAAAAACUGCUUUGAAAUGAUCUGCUGUUCUGCUUACAUUGAAGUUGAGGGCUCACCAGGGAACCCACACCUCCCUCCUAACCAGAAAGAUGACGUGAACACAGAUUGGAAACAUGAAACAGAGACAUAUGAGGCAGAAAGCACAAAAAACAUCAAUGAGAAGGAACCUCCUUCCAAGGAAGAUGAAAGGAUCUCCCUGGGCACUCCCAUGUCAGCUGAUUCCUCCCCCACCAAAUUCAGCUGUUCAGGCUCACUCCAAUUAUUGGCCAAUGAUGACGUUCAUAUUUUCAGUUCUGAAAAACCUUUGGAUGUUAAAGAAACAAGGCAAACUCAAGAGGCUUAUGAUCCAAAUAACACAGAGGAAAUUGCAGAAGGGUUUCUUCUUCCUAAUUCAAGUAAUACUCCCGAAAAACAAGAUGUAUAUCGCCACAGAACAACGUCUUCCAAAGUAUCCCGGCCCAUGGAUGGUGCCCUAAACAAUGAUGACCCUAAUGGUGAAGUCUUAAACUCUAGUCGUCAACAUCCCAAAGUUCAGAAAUACAUUAGCUUCAGCCAACCGGUCUCUGAGGCAACCGCGUCCAUUCACCCAGGUAGCAGUGCCCCAGUCAACAGGCGACUCUGCUCACAGGUUUCCAGUGAAGACUCUGAAAGUGACUAUGAACUUUGUCCAGAGGUAACCCUAACCUACACCGAGGAGCUUUCAGAUGAUGACCUGGAGUAUCUGGAAUGUUCCGAUGUUAUGACGGAUUACUCUAAUGCAGUUUGGCAAAGGUACCUGCAGGGGACUGACUAUGUUUUUUUAUUAGAAAGCGAUGACGAAGAGAUGGAAUUCAGUGAGUGUUGCCUGGGUGGGUGUGGACAUUUCUUCAGUAAAAUGGGCUGUUCAUCUCAGGUGUCAGAUAACACUGGGCCUAUGGAUGCCACCCCUGGCUUCUGUGGUUAUCCCUCACAACCCCAAGAAGUGGAGGUAAGGAGCAAUGGAGACUCCACGCACAGCCCCUCAUCCCUGCAACCAGGGAUGACUCUUACUUUGGGGCCUCACCAGGAUGGGACAUUGAUGGUGACAGAGCAGGGGAGAUAUAAACUACCCCCUGCUUCUGGGGCUGCUGAAAAUGUUUAUACAGGAGUUCAAGGAGAAACCAGAGACAGCCACCAAGCAAGAGAGGAAGUCACCGGUGACAAUCUGCUAAACAUGGAUAAAGCACCAAGGGAGAUGAAGCCUGGUGAGUUAGAAAAGUCAGGGAUACACCAGUGUUUGGGGACUGCAGCUGAGAAAAGAGUUGAGGAAAAGGACUUAUUGAGCACGAGGGGCUCACAGAAACCUGCCAGGGUGAGGCAACCAGGAAUUAAGGGAAAACCCAAGAAGCUGAACACCCACCUGAAAGAAAGUGCAACGGAAGGCACCCUUAGUCUCCUGUAUCCUAGAAAACCUGCUAAGCACCCACUGGCCCAGAGUGAUAAAAGGGAGAGUUCUCACACCAGAGCAGAAGCUACUGCUUUUAAUCUCCGGUUCCAUGCAGAAUGUGCCAUUUCAACCCAAGCAGAGCAAGAAGCAAAAAACCUUCAAACACCAACAGACUCGCUCCCCAGGGAAGGCGGAGAUACAAACUUCAAGAGAGAAGAGAGGCAGUUUAAUCAUCUAGCUGAAGCAAGCCAGGUUCCAGACCAGAGUGAACCUCCUCAGGUGCAAAUUCAGGAGAGAGCUGAGGAGAAAGUCUCUCACAGCCAGAUGCCUGCAGGGGAGGAGUCCCCACCCACUGGGACCACAACGAGCUCCCUCCCCAACUUUAGAGGGAUCCACAAGGAAAAUGCGUCAUUGGCCCAGUACCUAGAGGUAGAAAGCUGUACUCGAAGACCACAGCAUGAAGAACAAGGCAAGGACAGAGCAGACAACACACCUGGCGGCCCCUGGGGAGACCUGGAACAUGUGCUGAGCAUCUCAGAAGCCAGUAGUGAAUACACGUCCCUGCGUAAGGACACCAUGCAUGUCCCCUGGCAUGGCCACACUGACCUCAGUGAGCCCAAGGCUCCCUCUGUCGCUUCCCCUGAGCCUAUAAACACCAUCCUUGCCCUGGAAAAUGUGUAUGUUGGGCCAAGCAGCCGAGAAGCCACGUGUGGCAUGGAGAGUUUUAAAGCAGGUGGCCAAGGACCAUGUCGUGAUACCAUGGAUUCUUCCGUUGGCACACCAGUUGAUAAACAUGUGCCUGAAGAAAUUUGCUCCAUGAACUUAGAGCUGGUGGAUGGUCAAAUCAAAGCAUGUGACUUCUGUUCUACUGAUGACAAGAUGCUGGAAGUCCUUUUUAAUACACAAAGUUCUGAGCCCCCACAAUCCACAUUCGAAAAUGGCAAGGAUAGAAAUUCAGCCGUGCCACCUCUUUUUAUCAGCACAUUCACCUGGAACAUUUCACAAGAGGCCCGUGAAGGGGCCACAGGAGGCAAGGUAGCAGAGGUGGAGAAUUCCACCUCCACAUUGGCCUGCAUGAGAAGGACUGACCAGGAGAGGCCAAGCCCCAGCCACUCAGGAGGGCUUCUUUCUUCUAAGAACAACUCUUUUUUGCAAUUCAAAGGAGGUGGGGAGAGCCCCAGUACCUGUGCCAAAGACACCAUAGACACAACAAUCAGUCAUAGUUCGGUUGUGACUUUUCCUCAGGAGAAGCCAACAACAUUAACUGCUAAAACUGAGAAUCUUCAGGCUACCAGGGAGAGUGAAGAUACAUCAGCUAUUACCAUUGCCAUCAAAGUCCACCCAGCCAAAUACCUUCCUGCUUCAAAUGCUGAAGACAACCACACAGAUGUCACUGAGGAGAGCUCUCCUCAGGCACCAGAUGAAAAUGUGUUACAAUUUCCUUCCAGUGUACCUUCCAGUCAUAUUUUAAAUAGUUCCACAGCUGAACUUAUAAAGGAGCUGCCUUGCAUGGCACCCAGUGCACCAGGAACCCAUGUCCACCAACUCUCAGAGGGAAAGGGAUUCUGUAGUGAUUCCCCUCUUCAGCUUGGUAACCAAGACAAGAGCCAGACAGUGGACAGAGCAGCCCACAAAAGCCUUGUAGAGAAUUUCCAAGAAAAAGGUAGUGAAACAAAGCAGAGGCUCUACCCAGAGAGCCUGCCCUACCAGGAUUCUCUUUCUGAAAAUGAUUUACAAGAAAAUUUGCCCAACACAUCUGCUACACAAGAGGAAAUAAGCUCGGCGCCCUUGGACCACUCACCAGGAAACUCCAGGGAGGAAAGAGCGCAGAACUCAGGCCUGGGGAUGAUUAUCUCUGUGGUGGCUGAAGCUACUAUGGAAGAAGACAGUCAGGAACAGAGCAAAGUUCUGCCUAUCUCUAAAGAUCUGGAGAAGUCUAAAGAGAUUGGACCAGGAUCUGGGGCACCAGGCAACAAGCUGAAGAUUAUAACUCUAGAAUCUUCUGUUUCAGAAAUCUGGCCACAAAGACAACUGACAGAAUCUGAGUGCAAGGAAUCAGAAGCCAUUCCCAUGGUCUGGGCUAUGUCUGAAGUUCUAAAGGCAGAUGCUUUGGUGUGUGAAUUGGACUCCCCUGAAAUAGUAGCACCAGCUAGCAGUCCUCGGUGUGAAGCUGACUCAGCCUCUGCUAAUAACAGAGAAAUCCAUGGAUGUCAAGAAUCAGCCAGCAGUGAUGAUGGAAGGAGCCUUUCUUCCCAGUAUUUGAGCCAACUCAGACUCCUGGAGUCAUCUGUGGACCCUGUAGAUGAAAAAGAGUCAUGUACCAUGAAUAUACUCUCAGAGGCUUCCAAACCUGGAGGGAAGGAAACUAUUAACAAUAUGAGUCAAAACCAGAAGGUAAACCAACUCAGGGUGGAUCACCCUGCCUUCUUUAAACAGUUGCUGACCUGCCCUCAAAUCCUAGAGUCCUCUGUAGAUCCCACUGAUGAAACAGAUGUGCUGGAGUGGGCCAGGGCUGACCAACCAAAGCUGCCUGAAUCCACACCAGGGCUCAUCAAAGAGGAGAAUCAAUUAAAUGAUGAAAACUUGGGCCAGAAAGUAGAAGCCCAACCUGCCAUUUGGCAAGUUCCAUAUCCCGAGGCAAGUGGGGAAACCAUUCCAGGUAAAAGGAGCAUAAACCAAAACCAAGAAGAUAGUGAGAGAGUGGAGGCUGAACAAAGUAAAUACCACAAAGCAAAAGUGGAAGUCCAACCUGCCACUUUGCAAGUCCCAUAUCCUGACAAAGGUGGGGAAAUAAUUCCAAGUGAAGGCAGCAUUCACCAAGUACAAGAAGGCAGCGAGAGAAGCUUUGGGGAGGCUGCACAGAGCAAACCCGGCAGAGCAGAAGUAACUUCCCCCACUUUACCUCUUUCUAACUGUCUUGUAAUGACUCAUGUGUCUGUUGGAGUUGACGCUAACUCCACAGGCCAAAUUCAUGACGUCACCGAAAAUUGCGUAGCUGAGCCCAGAAACCAUCAAAAUGUAUCUUCUGAUUCAAAGGAAACGGGAAGACAUAUUGAGGAUGAGUGUGCUAAACAUUUAUCUUCUCCUAGUGGUCUUACUCCGUUACCUUUUACUUCAUCUCCUGAAGGGAGCUGCACAAACUUCUCAAUAAGCAACAGAUCCAAGGAACCUAAAAUAGAGAAGCCUCAAAUUGGGGAAACCAAACCCCCAAACUCACCUGGCUCGCCAGCCAUGACUUGGGCCUUACUUUCAGAGGACACUCCUCAGUUCCUGCAGGACCCCUGUCAAAAGGGCUGCACCCUGGGCAGCGUGAAAAAACCCAGGGAGGAGGAGACGCCCAGCCACAUGGCGACCAAACCUGGCAAAUUUCCAGGGACCUGGCCAGUGGUAACUGGAUGCGAGGAGGCCAAGAAGAAGCAAGAAACCUCUGGAAGUGGACAGAUAGCUGAGGGAGUAAAGAAGAAAAUUCUGUCCAGGGUAGCAGCCCUGAGACUGAAAUUGGAAGAGAAAGAAAAUGUCAGAAAGACCUCGUGCUUUCAUAAAAAGAUUCCUAAACCCGAAGUAUCAGUAUCAUGCACAGAUGAAAAGAAAGACCAAAAAAAGCUACCUUGCAAAAGAGAAGGAAAAGGUCCAGUAUUACUGAAAAAGAUCCAAGCCGAGAUGUUCCCCGACCAUUCUGGAAAUGUAAAAUUAAGCUGCCAGUUUGGAGAAAUUCACGAAGAUUCUACUGUCUGGUGGUCAAAAGAUUCAAAGCCAAUAGUCCAAGUGCAGAGAAGCGCAGGCGACCACUCCACUGUUUCCUUGGCCAUUGUUCAAGCCAGUCAGAAGGACCAGGGCUUCUAUUACUGCUGCAUCAAGAACAGUUAUGGAAAAGUGACUGCUGAAUUUAACCUCACAGCUGAAGUUCUCAAACAGCUGUCAAGUCACCAGGACAUUAAAGGAUGUGAAGAGAUUGAAUUCAGCCAGCUCAUCUUCAAAGAAGACUUCCUCAGUGACAGCUACUUUGGGGGCAGCCUGCGGGGUCAGAUUGCCACGGAGGAGCUGCACUUUGGGGAAGGGGUUCACCGCAAGGCCUUCCGCAGCACGGUGAUGCAGGGCCUCACGCCUGUGUUCAAGCCCGGCCAUGCCUGCGUACUCAAGGUCCACAACGCCAUCGCCUACGGGACCAGAAACAACGAUGAGCUAAUCCAGCGGAACUACAGACUCGCUGCCCAGGAAUGCUACGUUCAAAAUACUGCCAGAUACUAUGCCAAGAUCUAUGCUGCUGAAGCACAACCUUUGGAAGGCUUUGGAGAAGUACCUGAGAUCAUUCCUAUUUUUCUUAUCCAUCGGCCUGAGAACAACAUCCCUUAUGCAACAGUGGAGGAAGAGCUGAUUGGGGAGUUUGUGAAGUAUUCCAUCCGGGAUGGGAAGGAAAUAAACUUCUUGAGAAGAGAGUCGGAGGCUGGUCAGAAAUGCUGCACCUUCCAGCACUGGGUAUACCAGAAAACAAGUGGCUGCCUCCUGGUCACGGACAUGCAGGGUGUGGGAAUGAAGUUAACAGACGUCGGCAUAGCAACAUUGGCUAAAGGGUACAAAGGAUUUAAAGGGAACUGCUCCAUGACCUUCAUCGACCAGUUUAAAGCACUGCAUCAGUGUAACAAGUAUUGUAAAAUGCUGGGGCUGAAGUCCCUUCAAAACAACAACCAGAAACAGAAGAAGCCAAGUGUCGCUGGGAAAAGCAAAGUUCACCCAAACUCCACAACAGUGAAGAAAGCAGCACCCGGGACCCUAGCAGAAAAGAAGACCUAACAGCUCUUACUAACGAGCAGUCACCAGCUAACAGCACACACGUCUCGUGAGUGAAACUGCAAACAUCCAGAGAGACUCCAUGAUCCACAGUGGGUGGUGUGACGAUCCUUAUUCCCAGUCAACUGUGCUCCAGGAUGCUUCUAAACCCGUCACCUACUAUCUCCGCUGAAAUGAUUUCACUACAGGAUUUGCCAAUAGACUUAUUGAAAGACUGAAUCAAUUAGCAGACUCAAAGACAGUCCGCUCUUUGUAUACACUCUUAGCAUUUCCACUAGCCUGACGUUAUGUGUAUAUUUGUGUAUUUGCACAUGGUAGUGUUGUCAAGGACUUGGCGCUGAGCAGGACCUGUCCACAGCCAAAACCCUUCCCCACCCCCAUUCCUAACCCCGGGACUUCUAGAUGACAUGCAGCUGCAAUGUAAACGGAACAUGUAAAUUCCUUCACCCGGUCGAGUUGUGCUAAUGUCAAUUAUGGUAUUGUUGCUGGAGAUGGUUUCCAAAAAUUAAGGCCCCUUACCAUCCAGUAUGAGUCGGAAUCGACUCGACGGCACUGGGUGGACCAUCCAGUUAUCAUUUUUUUGUUUAAUUAAAUUCAUAUUUAAACAAAAAGUAUAAGACGCAUAUGUCAUCAUGACACUUUUAUCUCUAGAAUUUGUGUCCAUAUUUUAAGUUCCCUUAGGAUUUAGAGUUUAGCUUCUGAAAGGUCUUAGCCUUGAAAACUCUAUGGAGCAGUUCUAUUCUGUACACGGGGGGUUGCCACGAGUCGGAAUUAACUCCAACAACAACAAUUUCCUAAUGGAGUCCCUGGGUGAUGCAAACAGUUAAUGAGCUCAGCUGCUAACCACAAGGCUGGAGGUUCAAGUCCACCCAGAGGUGCUUCAGAAGGAAGGCCUGUCGAUCUACUUGGAAAAAUUAGUUAUCGAAAAUCCUAUGGAUUGCAGUUCUACUCUGACACACAUGGGCUCAUCAUGAGUCAGAAUGGACUUGAUGGCACCUGGUAAUUUCCUCAUAAGUUUACGGGAGCACAAAAUAUUUAAUUCUGUGUUUUUCCCCACACCCCCAUUCUUUACAUCACUUUCUACUUUGCUCCCUAAGCCCAGGACUGAGCUAUAUUUGAUUACACCAGAGGAUGUGUUCAAAUCUUGCCUGGGAGACCACCUCACAGGGGAGCCAGCUCCUCUGCCCUCGCCCUGCCCCACCGAUCCUCACACACAGAGUCGCCUUCCCUAGCACAGGCCAAGCCCAGCUGCAGAGAAGACGGGCAGCAGUUCACAUGGGGCAAGAGAAAAUGGGAUAAAGACAGCUCAGGGAUGGAGACAGCA